AUGCUUUUGGAACCCAGCAAGAAAAUGGUUUCAGUGCGCAAGGCAACAGCUGAAAUCUUUCAGUCCUUUCAGAAAAUCCAGUCUCAGACUCGAGGCCAGGACCAAGAAAUCUAUCGUGAGAUCUUGCCAGAAGAGGCUAACAAAAAGCUGACAGAGAUCUGCCCCCAAAUACAUCAACUACUGUCUUUCCCUUCAUCUCCUGAGAGUCCGUAUCCGUCUAGUCCUCUUGAUGGAGGCAUGGCACUGUACCAAGACACCUCAUCACCACCACAUAUGGGAUUCUCUGGCCCAGUAGAGAACUUGAUUACAUAUCCGCCUCCUCCUGCCAAAGGUGGCAUCACAAUAACAAAUGAAGAUUUCUACUGCUUGAAUGAAGGAGAAUUCCUUAAUGAUGUUAUUAUUGAUUUUUUCCUAAAGUAUUUAGUUUUAGAAAAAUUAUCUGAAAAUGACCGACAGCGGACUCAUGUCUUCAGUUCAUUCUUUUACAAGCGUCUUACACAACGAUUGAACAGGCAUUCCUACAACAAUGAACAGGGUCUUGAAAGCUCUCCAAUGAUCAAGAGACAUGCACAGGUGAAAACCUGGACACGACAUGUGGACAUCUUUGAAAAAGAUUUCAUUAUUGUUCCAAUCAAUGAAAAUGCCCACUGGUUCCUGGCCAUCAUCUGUUUCCCAGGGAUGGAACGUCCACAGUCCGUCCGCUAUUUGUUUGUUAGCAAUCAAGAUAGCAGCAGCAGCCCUGUACAAAAAUUGGCUAUUCAGGCAGAAACAGUCAGUUCUUCUGAUGAUACCAACAAAACUACAAAGAAUGCCACUCCUGAAAUUCGAAAGACCCAAAUUAAAAUUAGUGAAUUACGAAAGGAUGCCUAUACAGAGAUUUACGGAUUCAGGCAACCCUGUAUUUUAAUCUUUGAUUCAUUGGCUGGUCCAUCUCGGACAAAUGUGGUGAAAACUUUAAGAGAGUAUUUACAAGUUGAAUGGGAUACACGAAAGAAGACCCCUAAACGAGUGUUUGACAAGGACUUCAUUAAAGGUGGAGUACCAAAAGUACCCCAACAGAAUAACUACAGUGAUUGUGGGGUCUACGUGCUGCAAUAUGUGGAAAGUUUUUUCAAGAAUCCAAUAAAAGAUUUUACCAUUCCGAUUCGAAAACAAAACUGGUUCUCCGAAGAACAUCCUAAUUUUUCUCUUGAUGAGCAAUGUCUCUCUCUUUACUUGACCACUUACCUUUCUUUUUAUACAAUUGGGUUAGUGGUCAUUUUGGGUUUUUUUUUGUUAUUAUUUUGUCCCCCCCCUCCUUUCCUUCUAUGUUUAAGUCUUGUUCAUUUUCUUUGCAUCAUCAUUUCCAAUUUGCUGCUCUUCCCACUUUCUUUUUUUGUCUGUUCUUAUUCCCUUUCGUCUCUGCUGUAA